UUUACCUUGAACCAUUUCUCUAACCCAAAAGCUCUCAACCCCUACAGGGCGUUGUUCCCUAACCAAAACAUGAAGGAAGAUUGUGGCCAACACGACGAUGGGAAGAAGAAGCUCUAUAUUCGCAUAUUGAUCGCCAUAUCCGCCUUCAUAUUCAUCGUCCUCUUCAUCAUCCUCCUUGUGUGGCUCAUCCUCCGCCCUACAAAGCCUCAUUUUAUCCUCCGAGACGCUACCGUCUAUGCCUUCAACCUCUCUGCUCCCAACCUUCUUACUUCAAAUCUCCAAAUCACACUCUUCUCUCACAAUCCUAAUGGCAGAAUCGGCAUAUACUACGAUAAACUUGAAAUAUAUGCCUCGUACCACAGCCAACAAAUUACCCUCCCCGAAUUGCUCCCUUGUACUUACCUGGGACACAAAGAUAAUACAGUUUGGUCGCCAGUUCUAUUCGGGAGUGCAGUGCCAGUGGCGCCAUACCUUGCUGUUUCUUUGAACCAGGAUCAAAUGGUCGGAACAGUGUUGAUUAACUUUAAGGUUGAUGGAAGAAUACGAUGGAGAGUUGGAACUUUCGUAUCUGGGAAGUAUCAUUUGUAUGUGAACUGUCCGGCUUAUAUAAAUUUUGGUAAUAAAAACCGUGGCAUUGCUGUUGGAAAUGCUAUUAAGUAUCAGUUGAUUAUGAACUGCCAUGUUGAUGUAUGAUGUUUGAACUAGCUAAUGGCUAGUUCUUAUUGUUGGUUUGUUUAAUUUUUUUUAUUUUUUUUUUUUCAUUUUUUGUGAUUUUGAAGCCCUUUUGGGUUCUUUCAGAUAUGAAUCUAUCUAAUUCAAAAGGGAAGAACUUACAUCA